AGUACAUAGUAGUUCUUAUCAUAUAAUACAGAGAGAGUUAAUAGUAAGUGUAGCUAUAAUUAUGGAGAGAUCAAAUAAUAAAUUUCGUAGUUUGGGUGUUGUAGUAGUGAUUAUGUUGUUUGUUGGGUCAUGUAGAUGCCAACUAACCACAGAUUUCUACAGCUCAAGUUGCCCAAAUCUUACCAAAAUCAUCAGAAAACAAGUCAUGAAUGCUCUCAAGAGUGAGAUGAGAAUGGCUGCUUCUCUCAUUCGCCUUCACUUUCAUGAUUGCUUUGUCAAUGGUUGUGAUGGAUCGAUUUUGCUGGAUGGAGAUGGUAGUGAGAAAGAAGGAGCUGGGAAUAAGAACUCAGCAAGAGGGUUUGAUGUGAUUGACACAAUAAAAACAGCUGUGGAGAAUGAAUGUGCUGGAGUUGUCUCUUGUGCUGAUAUUCUUGCUAUUGCAGCCAGAGACUCUGUCCUAUUAAGUGGAGGACGUUCAUGGAGGGUUUUGGUUGGAAGAAGAGAUGGAUUAGUACCAAACAAGACAGGAGCUGAUAAUCUUCCUGCUCCAUUUGAAUCUCACUCUGUAAUCACCACCAAGUUUGCCAAUCUAGGCCUUGAUCUCACUGAUCUUGUAUCUUUAUCAGGAGCUCAUACAAUUGGAUUAGCAAGGUGUGCAACAUUUGAAGAUAGAUUAUUCAACUUCAACCAAUCAAGCUCACCAGACCCAUUUUUAGAAACAACAAUGUUAAGUGACUUACAAACCCUAUGUCCCUCUAGUGGUGGAGAUGGCAAUAAGACCACAGCCCUAGAUCGAAAUUCGACCGACUUAUUCGAUAAUCAUUACUUCAAGAACUUGAUCGCCGGAAAAGGACUGCUCAGCUCUGAUCAGAUCCUGUUUUCCGGCGAUGCUGCAGCUAACACCACCAAGAGUUUGGUGGAGAGCUACAACAAUAAUCAAACUCUUUUCUUGGUUGAUUUUGUCAAAGCUAUGAUUAAGAUGGGUAAUAUUAGUCCUCUUACUGGAUCUGAUGGUGAGAUUAGGAAGAAUUGUAGGGUUGUUAAUUCAUGAGUAUAAUUGCUAUAAGAAUUAAGAAAAUGUGUUACAAGCCCCUAAUGAUGUACUAAUUAAUUACUCUCUCAUGGUUAAUAAUUAUUAGUGAAUAAAAAUGAGAAAAGUUAGAUUUUUGUUCUCA